AUGGGUUCAAUUGACUCUGAGAGAAAACGGAAAUUGAUAGAUACGAACCUAGUAGAUUGGAGUGUGUUUUCGGAAAUCUUGCAAAUGGAUGAAGAUGAAGAAGACUUUUCUAAACAAUUAGUUGAAACUUUUGUAAACCAGGUUAAAGAUACAUUCGAGAAAAUAAGGCUUUAUCUAGAACAAAGAGAUUUGGAAAAAUUGAGUACAACGGGUCAUUUUUUAAAAGGAUCGGCUGCAGCUUUGGGAUUUACCGCUAUAUCAAGCCAAUGUGAAAGAAUUCAAAAUUAUGGUGUCAAACUUAAUUUUGAUGACUUUAAAUUAUCCAACAUUAGUAGUAAACUGCCAGAUUCAGUUACUAGAGAAUCAACAAAUACACAAGUCGAAACCAUAGUCAAUAGAGAUGCUAGUAAUAUAUCACCAAAAGAUGGGGUGUCGAUGAAUAGAAUAAAAGAAGAAACGGUAAAUAAACAGUUUGAAAAAAGUCAUCAAAAUAGUACCGUCACUAAUAGAGACACCAGCACAGAUACCAGCAUCACCCCCAGCUCGAGCUCAAAUAUACCGGAUGAGGAACUAAGCGAUGAUUUUUGGAUAGCAUUGAUUGAAGAUGCUUUUUCGAAAGCAAAAGAUGGUUUCAUCAAGAGUAAGGAAGCUUUAGAUGAGUUUUUUGAACAGAAAAAUUAG